CAGAGCUCGUCUUCACUUCCAUUCAGUCCUCUGACUCUGGAUACUACAGCUGUGGAGCAAAGAAUGAGCUGGGAGAGAGGAUGUCUCAGUACGCUCAUGUGGAUGUGAAAUAUGCUCCAAAGCCUCCCUCUGUGUCAGUGAGUCCCUCUGCUGAGAUUAAGGAGGGCGGCUCAGUGACUCUGACCUGCAGCAGUGAUGCUAACCCAGCAGCCACUUAUGCCUGGUACAAAACACCAUAUUCACAACCUCUCAGCACUAAAAACAGACUUUACUUCAGAUCCAUCAAGGCCUCUGACUCUGGGGAGUAUUACUGUACAGCUAAGAACAGCCUGGGGCAGGAAUCUGGAUCUGUUACUGUUGAUGUGAAGUAUGCUCCAAAGCCUCCCUCUGUGUCAGUGAGUCCCUCUGCUGAGAUUAAGGAGGGCGGCUCAGUGACUCUGACCUGCAGCAGUGAUGCUAACCCAGCAGCCACUUAUGCCUGGUACAAAACACCAUAUUCACCACAUCUCAGCACUAGAAACCGACUUUACUUCAGAUCCAUCAAGGCCUCUGACUCUGGGGAGUAUUACUGUACAGCUAAGAACAGCCUGGGGCAGCAAUCUGGAUCUGUUACUGUUGAUGUGAAGUAUGCUCCAAAAUUGACCUCAAUAUCAGUGGAUCCUGGUGAGAUAGUGGAGGGCAGCUCAGUGACUCUGACCUGUAGCAGUGAUGCUAACCCAGCAGCUGUUUACGCCUGGUACAAGAAGAAUAGAAAUCAGACCCUUCAAAUGUCGAAUAAAGGACCACAGCUUUCCUUCAGCUCCAUCCAGUCGUCUGACUCUGCAGAGUACAGCUGUGUAGCAGACAACAAACUGGGAAAACUGACGUCUAAAUGGAUCCUUAUUGAUGUGAAAUAUGGUCCAAAGCCUCCCUCUGUGUCAGCCAGUCCCUCUGCUAUAGUAGAGGAGGGCCAGUCAGUGACUCUGGCCUGUAGCAGUGAUGCUAACCCAGCAGCUAAUUACACCUGGUACAAGCAGAAUGAAGACUCACCAAAAGCUGCAGGGCACAAUUACACUAUCAGCAAUGCAGGAUCUGAACACAGUGGGAAUUAUGUCUGUUCCACCCGAAACACAAUAGGGCAUCAUAACUCCACUAUACAUCUGACUGUGAUGGCAGCAGGAGCAUGGAGAGUAACUACUUCUGUGACUGUUCCUGCUAUUCUUGUCACCAUCAUUCUCAUCUUUGUCUUCAUCUGGAUCAUUAGAAAGAGGAGGGCCUCCAAGCAACCGUCUGAGCCAGGAGAAAGAGCAGACAACAGUGAACAGAUACAGCCAUCAGAGCAGCAGGAGGAGCUUCAUUAUGCCUCUGUGAACUUUAACAAAAACCUGGCUGAACCUGUCUACUCCAACAUUCAACCAACUAAGCCCAACAGACACAAGAAACAACAGAAGGAAGACGAGAUGGUGGAGUACGCUAUGGUUAAAUUUCAUGGUGCCAGUACAGUCCAGAGUGCCGGCAGUCAAGAGGCUGCAGAGGAUCCAGCUGCAUUGUACAGUACAGUCAACAAACCCAGCAAAACCCAUGGACAAAGACACUUCUAGCUUCCACAGAAAUUCCAGUAGAGAACCCUCUAAAGCUGAGGCCAGGUUACACAUUUGAGCUCUACUGUAGUCUGAUCUGACAGCUGUAGGGUGUGAGAACCGUCAGCCUUGAAAAUCAGUCCUUUUUCCUUGUGCAGUGGGUCUGAGUUAGCGUUGAACGCCUCCUGACCUCCUGACAGAAGUCUGGCAUCUUUGGAGUUUGUCUUCUAUAACAUGUUAUAUCAGUGAAGUUGACCAAUGAGAGUACAAAAUGCCCUCCAUGUGCAAAGGUCACAAAGGUAAAAAAAAAACUAUCUGAUGAAACAAAAGGAGAAUGAUGUUCUGUCAGAUGAACUAUGAGACAGAGGAAAGGUUUGUCCAGCUGGUAACAACAUCCCUGCAUUUAUUAUGUGACAUGAAGGAACCAACAUGACGGACUGAAAAAGAGAAAUGUUGGCAGACAUAAGAGACAUUCUUCAACAACCUGGUUAGUAACGGCUGUUAGCAGUUUCAUCAGGCCAGUAUAUCACUCAUCUUCACCUUUGCUUAGAGACAAGAAUACAGGAUUGUACAGUUAAUGUGUUUAUAUGUUAUCUAUCUUUGUAUAUCUUGUCUUAACUAUGCCUUGAACGGUGAUCUUCAGUGCUUUG